AUGAGUUUGUGCGCAGAUUGUUUUCGCGGUGUCCGUCAUGAGGGCGAACCCGAGGGCAAGAUCGAACAGAUUGGAGGCGUCGAGUGUUACGUCGCCACGCCUUCCGUUGAUUAUCCGAGGGACAAGGUCAUCCUCUUCCUGUCCGAUGUGUUUGGGAUCCCACUGCUAAACAACAGGCUUUUGGUGGAUGAUUUUGCACGUAACGGGUUCAAAACCAUUAUGCCUGACUUGUUCAACGGUGAGGCGGUCGACGUUGCAGCGUUCAGUGAUCCCAACUUGGAUCGCCGAUCCUGGAAAGCCAAGCACUCUCCUGUCUCGGCCGCAGCAAUAGUUGAGAACGUUGUAAAGGUUUUAACGGAGAGCGGGGUGACGCGCAUUGGAACAACGUCGUACUGUUUCGGUGCUCAGGCGGCGUUCUACUUAGCGCGUGCCAACAUCAGUCAUGUAACAGUGCUUAGCCAUCCGUCUGCCCUAGACGUCCCCGCAGAUUUGGAGAGCUAUCACGCGAAUUCGAAGGCGCCCCUUCUGAUCAAUAGCUGUGAGGUCGAUACGCAGUUUGGUCCAGACUGCCAAGCUAUUGCAGAUAAGAUCUUCGGCGAAGGGAAGUUUGCUCCCGGUUACCAGAGGACGUACUGGGAAGGUUGCGCCCAUGGCUUUGCUGUCCGUGGCGAUCUGAGCGACCCGAAGGUGAAGGCCGGGAAAGAGGGAUCGUUCAAAGCGACCAUUGAAUUCUUCGCGAAGUACCUUUGA